AUGAGGAUCACCUCUAUUGAUCCCAUGUACAAUCUGUUCCUGGGAACUGCAAAAUACGUCUUCAAACUCUCGGUAAAAAAGAAUUUGUUAAGAAAGAAAGAACUUGAUAUUUUAGAGCAGAAGAUUCAUUAUUUGGAUGCUCAACAGGAAAUGAACGUUUGCCACCAAACAUUGCAUCAAACUAUAGUGGUCACAAAGCAUCACGGUGAAAAAAUUGGACGCUGAUAUAUUCAAUUCCCUGCUUUGCUUAAAAGAUCUGCCUCCAGAAAGACACCUGAACUGUUGUCAGAGAUUUGUUCUUGUUUGCAAGUGGAUAUGUUCUCCAAUCAUGUCCAAGACUGACAUUGUC